CCUCUCUCCCGAAAUCCAUUCACAAAUAAACAGCUGCCAACUCCUACCUACCUUUAUGUGCUUCUUCCUCUCUCCGUCGUACAGUUGCUUCUUCUCUCCAUCGCACGAGCUGCUUCCGCCGCUGCCGGUUCCGCCGCCGCUGGCAUCGCACGAUCUCUCUGUCAUCCCUUGCGUCACACGAGCUCCCUCUGUCGCCGCUCUCGUCGCGUCUACUCCCAUCGUCGCAGAGCUCUCUCCGCCGCCGCUCUCAUCGCGUCUGCUCCCUCUGGCGCCUCUUCCAUCUAAUCUCAACAACUCGCUCUCUCGGUUCUUCUCGUAACCAUCACGAAUUUCAGAGUUGUUGAAUAUCCACCGGGGAAGAAUAUAUGAAAUAGCAUCUGUUUAGUUGAUUCGAAUGCAAAUGUUAAUGCCAGUGCUGCCAUGUCUUCCAAUCAAUCAUCUUCUGGGUCUGCUGGUGUUAAGGAGAAUGCAAGCGAGGUGGUGAUUGUGGAUGAUGAUAAAGAGGAAGGAGAGUUGGAGGAGGGUGAGAUUGAUGAUGAUGGCGCUGACCCUGAAGCAUCAGUAACAGAGAGGGUUCAGAGUGUUGCUGAAUGUGGUGUAGUUGCUUCAGAUACUGAUUCCACAUCUCAUAAGCUCAGUGUUAGGGAGGUUCUGGAGGGUGAUACAGUUGCUAAUGUGGAGAAAUCGUUUGAGGGGACUUGCUCUACUCAUGGUGCCAUCAGAAAUGAUUUCACUGACUUGACCUCCCCUCAUACUUGGUAUCCACUGGCCAGAAGGAAACAUCGCAGGAUUAUCCUAUUAACAUAUCCAAGAAAGGGAUUAAUAAAGGGAAUGAAGGGAAAUUCUGUCAGCGGAAUGAAUUACUACGCUUGUUUAUCUAUGUUGUCAUUGGUAAUUCUCACACCAUUUGCAAUUGCUGUGGAGGGGCCACAGAUGUGGGCAGCUGGAUGGAAAACCGCCCUCUCGCAGAUCGGACCUCAGUUUAUAUGGUAA